AUGUCGAGUUCGACAAUAUACGAGUGCUCCCAAAAAUGUCGACAUCUAUUACGACAGUGCAUUGUAUUAGCAGCUGCGACCGAGAGCAGAGACUGGUUCGAAUGUAGGCAGGCCGACUUUAAUGUGUGGGCUUCGAGCGUUCAAGCCUUCACGACUGGCAGAUCGUCGUUCGAUUAUAGACUUCGGGAAAGACAAGAUGUGCGCGGCACUGUAUGCGAUCUCCUCGGAGGCCUCGCUCAGACUCUCGAGCUUCAUUUAGCAGCGAAAGGUGACACGCAACGUCAACCUGAAAUCCAAGACAAUCGUCAAAACCUGUUAGAGACCUAUGAGGAUGAUAUUGACAUUAGUUUCUCGGACUUUUCCGAGGAGAGUUCCACAUCCUAUGCGUCUUCUGACGCGUCAAAUGAGGCAAUUUCUCAGUAUGCCUCUAGUAUUAUCGCGAUGCUUGAGCAGCUUGUACGACUAUCCAAUUCCAUACGUCGGUCUGCCAUCAAACUUCGACAAGAACGGGCCGACUCACUACUCAAAAUUGACGAGUACAGAGAGUUUCAAAGUGUUCUGAAGCUUAUUAUCUUGAAAGACAGAUUGAUGCAUGGCACUUCAAUGACGUCAGCGGAACGGAUGGAGCAGUUCAAUCAGCAAGAUCUCACUCCUGUACAACACAGGCUAAUUCACGCAAAUGUUCUGAGGGAAAAUCGAAUUCGGAUUACGAUGAAGUCGAAACCUUCAUUCACGUGGUCGCCGCAGGAAACUUUGGCUCGUGAAUUGCCGGGGAUUGUCCCAAUCCCGGAGAUCAAACCUCAACCUACAGCAUCAGAAGUGCUACUCGGAACUAAUGUCAAAACUGAAAAGAUGAUACGAGAGGCCACAAGCACCCGAUCUCUCUCUAUGGUACGAACAGCAACCGAAAUCGGAAGCCAGUUCAAUCUGGAGGUCGCCAUGGCAAAGCAGAGGACCCCCUCAAUUGUGACGCGGGCAACGCGCAUCGCGACCAGUCAAUACUAUCCCAGUUGUCCCAUUGGUCGCAACGGCGAAUCAAUUCGAUGCCCAUAUUGUGCGGAACCUCUGCCUAAAGAACUCACCACAGAUGUAACAAGGUGGAGGGGCCACGUGGCGAGCGACUUGAUACCAUAUACCUGUGUAUAUGACGAUUGCACUGUUCCUUACAGAAUCAAAAGGACGGGGCUGCAAGAUGUGCUUUGCCCUCUAUGUUUCGAGACAGACGAUAACCACGAGCCCAACUUUGAGCACAUUGCAGCACAUGUGCACUCAUUCUCCAUUUUCGCUCUUACAUGGAACGUAGAUGAAGAGGCCACGGAUAUCUCAUCUGCUUACAAGGCGCAACAAGAUACCCAGGACUGGGAUUCAGGCAGCUCUAGAAGUUCUGACGAUGACAUGGCCCAACAGCAAGGGUCGACUGAACUGCACCCUAAGCAAUCUGCCGGUCUGGCACCUUUGGAUAAGCACUCACCAAUACGGCUCAUUGUUGGCAUUGAUUUUGGAACUACUCAUUCUGGGGUAGCGUAUUACUUUCCUGACUCGCGAGAUAAAAAGCUCAAAGUGAUCAACGAGUGGCCCGGCACCCUGCUUGAAGUGCCCAAGAUCCCGACAACUGUCAGGUACGACAAAGAUGACGCAGAGAAGUUCGAAUGGGGAGCUUCAAUAAAAGCCUCCGAUGGAACUUUCAGUGGAGUAAAGCUGCUCCUAAACCCGAGUCAAAAGCUUCCCUGGCAUGUUGCGCGCACUGAUGUCAAGGCAGCCUUGAGGUUGCUGCCGCUUUCCAAGACUCCCAAGGACGUUGCGGCGGACUUUUUGCGCGCAAUGGUAUUGCACGCCGUGUCGCAAAUUGAAAGAAGGGUAACUCAAGCUGUUUUCGAUUUGUUGCGGCCUGAAUACAUUCUUUCAGUACCUGCGGUGUGGUCCGAUGCCGCGAAAGAUUCGACCCUGGAGGUCGCAAAAGCAGCCGGCAUCACUCCGCUCACCUUGAUCAAAGAGCCCGAAGCAGCGGCUUUGUACUUAAUCAGACGCCUGGACGUCUUUCUCGAUCCACGCGAUGCCAUUGUAAUCUGUGAUACCGGCGGAGGCACGGUGAAUUUGACUUCCUAUGAGAUCGAACAGAUCGAGCCUAGGCUUGAAUUGAAAGAGGUCGUUCCUGGCUUAGGAGUCAUGAUCGGAUCUAUGGAUUUGAAUCGACGAUUUAAAGUGGCCGUGGAAGAAUUACUCCCCGAUGAUAAGUGGCAAGCACUAAAGAAUAGCAGGGGCAUGAUUAAGGCCAGCCAGCAGUUCGAGAACCAUAUCAAACGCGUAUUUACAGGAGAUAUGGACGAGGAACAUUACGUAUGCUUCCCCGGUGCUACCUUUGAAGAUAAUGAAGACAAAGGCUUGGUGGGAAAUGAAUGGAAAAUGACAGGGGAGGACGUCAAAGCUAUCUUUGACCCUUUCAUAGGUAGCAUACUGGAUCUGAUCAAGGCUCAAGUGCAUGGCGUUCAACUCAAGGGAAAAAUCGUGAAAGCCAUCUUUUUGGUCGGCGGCUUCGGAGAAAACGAAUAUUUCCGAAGGGAAGUUGUGAGGGCUCAUGCAGAUAUCAGAAUCGUGCAGCCGGACGACGCUUGGAUGGCUGUGGCCAAAGGCGCAGUAUUAUCAAGAAUGCCAGAUGAUGCAGUCAUCACCAGUUUCUUAGCGAGGCGCCAUUAUGGAGUGGAAUUCGGCUCAACCUUUGGCUCGGGGGUCGACCUGGAGGAAGCUACUUCUCACGACGAUUCCACAGACGAGAUGAUGGCUAGUCGAAUGUCAUGGCAUAUCAACAUCGGCGACAGCAUCAAAAGUGGCCAAAAAGUACGAAUUCCACUAUCCAGAGCCCUUCCUCAGGACUAUGGACCUUCCGAUACAAUAUUUCAAGAGAUUCUUUAUGAAUGCCAGGACGAGGUUGCGCCGACACACAGAUCAAAGAGCUCGACGAUCCAGCCGUGCUGCAUGCUAGUCUUCGACAUUGGCAACGUACCCACCUCAGAAUUUAUCAGAAAACCUGCAAUGCCAAGCCAGACUCACUUCUCGAGCCAAGCUGGCCUACCCAUCGAAACAGUCUCUCACGCGGGCAGUGGCAAGCCAUACUGGCUGGUGUUAUAUGACUUGGUAAUAUCAUUUGAAACUGGAUUCAUGGCCUUUUCAAUGGAGAUGGAAGGCCAGAUGUUCGGGUCCGUCGAGGCGCAUUUUAAUGACCAGUUAUAG